AUGAACACAAUUUCUACGUUGUGGCAGCUCGAUACCCUGGUGCGAGCUUCGGACCACCUCACUAACUCCACGAAUGAGCCCCUUCAGCUUCAGAAUUUCAUCGAAAACCAGUUCCUUGAUUGUGCACACACACCGGAAUGGAUAGAUUCACCUUCCCCUCGCUCAGGCAAACUCUUGCUGAAAGUGCCUCUCAGUCCCCCAAACGUCGUCGACUACGCUAUAAAUGUCGCGUCUCGAGCUUUCCCAGCAUGGUCACAGACCACACCCCACGAGCGGUCUGAUCUUCUACUCCGAGUUGCGUCGAUUCUGGAGGAAAAGAAAGAUAUGUUUACAGUAUGGGAGAGUAUUGACCAAGGCAAAACUCUCUUUCGGGCUCGGUCUGAAGUUGAUCGUUCAAUUGAGCAUUUCCGAUAUUUUGCAAAAUACAUUCUUCACGACGAAAGUGUGGUACAUCUCAACAAAGGCACAGGAGAUUCGACUCUCACGCACGAGCACCGAGUCCCAGUGGGGGUCUACGCCAUUGUCACUUCAUCAAACAUGCCGCUUUUCCUCUUGACGUCCAAAAUCGCCCCCUGUCUCGCAUUUGGCUGCACAGGUGUGGCUAAGCCGAGCGAACUGACUAGCAUGACGGCCUUUUUGUUCGGCGAAGUUCUUCGGCAAGCAGAGCUACCACCCGGUGUUAUGAACAUUGUUUUCGGAAAUGGAACCGACACUGGUUCCACUCUUAUAGGCUCGCCGCUUGUAAAAGGAGUUUCGUUCUGUGGGGCGAUCGAAACCGGAAUUCAGAUUCGGAAGGACACGGCGGCUGACAUUCACAAGCACAUGUCUCUCGAGAUCCGAGGCAGUAGUCCAAUACUAGUCUUUGGCGAUGUCGAUGUCGAUGAGGCGGUCUCUGCGGCAGCCUACGCGGCAUUUGAGAACAGCGGACAACUCUGUCUAGGCGGCUCUCGAAUUUUCGUCCAUAAAUCGAUUUACAGGAUGUUUCUGCUCAAGUUUACCCGAUAUGUUCACAGUAACUACGGGUUGGACAAGGAACUCGGUCCGAUUGUGUUCGGGGAGCAUUAUUCCAAGAUUCGAUCUCACUUGGUACAGGCUGGUGAAGAACAUGCCAGCGUGCGCACUGAUAGUCCCGUGGUACAGGAGGAAAUCUUUGGGCCUGUGGCCACUGUCUUGCCAUUUGAUACAGAAGAGAAAGCAGUCAAGUUGUGCAAUAACAAUUCAAAUGGAAUGGGAGCUGUUAUCUUGACCGACGACCUGGCGCGAAUGAGCCGAGUCGGAGAACAUCUCGAUGCAGCGUUGGUGUGGGGCGGCUGCUGGCUCGGGCGUGAGCUCGGGGCCGGGUUCAGCGACAUCAGGGCGACUGGCACAGGACAAGAAGGAGGCACACGUAGCCGGGAGAUAUUUACAGGACUGCGAGCAGUGCAUGUUCCAUCUUACUAG